AUGAACGGACGAAGCCACCUGAAACACCUCCUGGACAACACUAGCAAAUCACACGUCGCCCAUUGGAGAACCGCGCUGCUCGGUGACCAUAACGGGCUCACCUUGGAGGAAUCGUGCGGUUCGACAAGAUUCGGUUUUGUUUGGCCAGCAAAGGAGGACGCGGAACAGCGUGGAAGUUGCAUUGGCCAACCUCGAUUGAAAUUUGAAUUGGACGAGGGAUCCCCCAGGAUUGGACGAGGGAUUGGACGAGGGAUUGGACGAGGGAUCCCUCCCAGGUUUCACACCUCUACCUGGACGAGGGAUCCCCCAGACAGCUACACAGGGGUCCCCCAGGGCGAGGCGCAAGGUGGUUUCGGGGACGAUUGGAUUGGACCAGGCAGACAGGUGGCACGCAGUCCUGCUGCUGAGAGUGGUGAAACGAAACGCGCGGCGAGUGCUUGA